CUAGAUCGGGUUGUCUAUCGUCACGUGUAUUCAACAACACGGUGGAGACCAAGAAACAAGCGGACGCAACUCUUACCCCACUUGAGUGAUUCAAUGAGUUGUGGUUCUUGACUUUUGUCGUCUGAUGGAGUUAAUAAAGUGAAAUUCGAGAUUUACAUAUAAUUGACGUUUUCAAGGGGGCCUAUCCUCGUUUUCAAAAACUGAGUUCUGGAAUCAAUUACACCGUUGUCCAGGCUCUAGAGCGAUGACUGGAUAUGGCUCGUUUGACAGCAAGGAACGAAGGUCCCCUGAAGGAAUCGGAAAAUCCCGCAGAUUCAAAAAGAUUGUCAGACUGAAUUACAGCUACUCGGACCGGCCCAGAAUUCCCAGCAUCUCCGUGGGCGUGGCCUACGACAUUGAAAAUAAACCCAUUUCCGUCAACACCUUUGGCGCCGUCUUGCCGGACGUGACCAGCGAGGUGGACCUCAAUACGGCGUCGGAGACGGACAUUGAGGACAGCAAACGCUACCAGCCCAACAUCUUGGAGCGGGCACUGGAACGGACGAUAUGCUAUAAUUUCAGGAGCCGGGAGAAACCUUCUAAUAUUACCGUUGUAGUAUUAUGUAUGUUGACAAUCAUCUCCAACAUGGCCUUUCUAAUCCUCUGUCCAAUGUACCUGUUAUCAAUGAGAAAAGCGGGCGGGGACGCUAUGGUGGCCGCACUUUCAUUGGUCACUGUGGUACCACUUCCUCUAGUGGCUGUCUCCCUCUUCCUGAAGCAUAUCUGGAACAAAAACAUCACCUUGAGACCAAAUGCGUCACUUCCGUUGUAUUCAGCCUUAGGUGCCUCCCUGGCAAUCAAGAUCAACAUAACUCUUUAUGCCAGCCAUCCAGCCAGGACCCCCACAACGUUACAGCCGGCCUUGUCCAGUUCUUUUAUUCUGUUCUCUCUAGGGGCCGCAAUUCUGAUUCUGAAGAAAGAAUGCAGCGCGAGAAGGAUCGUCUGCUGUGUCGUGGCCAUCGUUGCCGUGCUAAUCGGAAUCGAGCCGAAACUGUGGUCACUGGGAGGAAAUAGUGACCAAUUGUUUGCCUCCCAGUACCUGGUAGAGAGGAUUCUGUGGCCGGCCAUCUACAGCUCCAGUUAUCUGCCGAUGGCAAUCUAUUGUGCGGCAGCCGAGUCGGAGUUGAAGAAAAAUGUGGUCCAUCCGUUUUCUCUGUCCACCUCGGGGCUAUUGUCUAGCUGUGUGUUUACUGUGUUAUUGUCGGGGACAAAUUUCCUGCCCUGGUAUGGCUACGUGAACGACUGGCCAGAAAUGUGGGACAACUUUAAAUCUGGUUACAAGUGUAAUUUUAACUACGCCCCUGGGUGCAACAACUGCCCUUUCAAAUUGAUUGUGCUCGCCGUCUCCUUCAUAUGCCUCAACGCUUUCACAGUGAUUCUUAUAUCCGCCUCUGAGGGCACCGUGUUGACCAGCCUGGUCAGCGCAACAGCAUCGCCCCUGGUGGCGGUCUUCUGGUCAGUGUUCCACUUUGAUAACGAGACAGAUGACAUCAGCUGGCGCCCCAAGUGGACGCACUCCACAGCAUUCAACAUCGCCAGUCUUGUCCUCCUGCUCUCAGCUAUCGUCCUCUACAAUGUUUUCACCAUCAAGGAUGCCAAGCAGGCCAGGAGGGAGCAGAAAGGCUACUCUGACGUGUCCAGUUCCGAAUACGAAUGGGAUUGAUCUGGACACGCCAUCCCUCAGUCACCUCUCGGUCACAGAAUUGUUUUUAUAAGCUUUAACAAUAAGUGACGUCUUUUGAGUCACUCUGGAAAAUUGUUGAUACAAAAAUUGAUGGCGUCAUUUGCUUAUAAUAAAUCAUUAGCCAAUCGAAUGUAUUUAACAGAGUGGGUGGAGUAGUGGAGGAACACGAGAAACGUGUGUAUGUGUUUAUAUUGUGGAGUGGGAGGAACGAGAAAAGAGCAGCUUUUUUCCAACUUCUCUUUUUCAUUCCCCCCUCCCUUCCCGAAAUGAAUAAGUUCUUGAAUAGCGCUUUCCUGGCAAGGUCCGUCUGGGAGCUCCAGCGACAAUCAAAUUCCUCCAUUCUGAGCUGUAGAAAUCUACUUCUCUGUAUCUACAGUGUUCACUGCAUCAGACUCAAUAAGGCGUAGGUUGAGUUUAAAAAAAUGGUCGGGAAGAACUGACAUAAACUGUAGUCACAGUCUGUUACUGUAGCGUUGUAGAUAUUUAAGACCGAUGCGUUAAAUAGCUGGGUUUGCUAAGUCUUUGUGUUACUACCUUCUUGAAGCAGGCUUGUUAUAGUUAGUACCUUCUUGAAGCAGGCUUGUUAUAGUUAGUACCUUCUUGAAGCAGGCUUGUUAUAGUUAGUACCUUCUUGAAGCAGGCUUGUUAUAGUUAGUACCUUCUUGAAGCAGGCUUGUUAUAGUUAGUACCUUCUUGAAGCAGGCUUGUUAUAGUUAGUACCUUCUUGAAGCAGGCUUGUUAUAGUAAGUACCUUCUUGAAGCAGGCUUGUUAUAGUUAGUACCUUCUUGAAGCAGGCUUGUUAUAGUUAAUACCUUCUUGAAGCAGGCUUGUUAUAGUUAGUACCUUCUUGAAGCAGGCUUGUUAUAGUUAGUACCCUCUUGAAGCAGGCUUGUUAUAGUUACUACCUUCUUGAAGCAGGCUUGUUAUAGUUAGUACCCUCUUGAAGCAGGCUUGUUAUAGUCGCUUAAAAGAGGCUUUAGCGAUAAACGUUUUGAUGAAAAAUUCUGUUCGUUCUAAUAUCAGAAAGACGAAAAGAAACGCGUUGUGGUAUCUUCCACCUGGAUCAACUAAAGCUGCCCGCCCCUAGUUACGUACAUAAUAGAUCAACUGUAUUGCUUACUUCAUGUUGUUACAAAAUAUUUAAACUAUAGUGAAGAAUAACGGCGGGGGUGGUGGUGGUUGUCUUAGCAACCAAUGACGUCUUAGACUUAAAAAAAAAAAGCAAAAAGGCGGAGCUACAUCGGGCAAAGAGGAAGUGCCAUACCCAGAAUUCAUUUUUAAAACUAAAACUAAAUACUGGUAUCGAGAUUAUGAAAGAAUAAACCGAGAUGUCAAGGUCGUUGCUAUGUCUGUUGAAAGCACUCAAGGCAUCAGUCGAGGUGGUCAUGUGAAUUGUGUUUCAUUAAAUCAUAUUCAAGUGUUUCAAUAAAUAUAUAUUCUACCACAGGGGUUCUCAGCCUGUGGGUCGCGACCCCCUUGGGGGUCGAUUGACGAUUUGCCAAUGGUCGCCAAAGACCAUCGAAAAAGUUUAUUGUUUUUGUCUAUUCCUGUAUUGCUGUGUGUGUGUGUGUGUGCGGGGGGGGUCGCGGCAGAGUGGGGGAUUGUAAAAAGGGGUCGCCGAGCUUAAAAGGUUGAGAACCGCUGUUCUACCACAUAGAGUCGUUAUUGUAGUCAGAGAAACUUUUCUUCUAGUUCGUUUCGUUCAUUGUGUAUAAAAGUUCAAGUUUUUAAUUUUUUACUGACGCGCUCCGGUGUCUUUUUAUAUGAAACUUGAUUACAUUCAAACAAGCAACAAAAAAAUGUCUUUCAUUUUUGAUAUCUUUAAUUAUUAUGACAAACAAGGGAUGUUACUCUGUCAAAUUCAGAAAAUUGAGCCAUGAAGCUUAAAAGGACUCGCUUGGACUUCUCUGGUGAUGUUCCACAAGGGUCAAUCUCACUAGUCCAGGAUGGCUGCCUGGUCGUGCGGUUUGCGUGCUGGACUGUCGUACGGAUUUAUCGAUGGUCGAAGGUUCAAAUCCUGCCCGCUCCCAUCCCCCGUCGGCCUGCGGGAGGUUUGGACUAGGAAGUAAACUAUCUUCAACUCUGACGGAACAUCCUAAACAUGUAAAACAUUUUUACAAACAGUCCCUGUUGUUAGCUUCCGGAACAUGUAUUGUCUCAUUCUGUUUUGAUCAGUAGUUACUCAUUGUUUACUGUGUUUUGCUAAAUGAUAAUAUUUAUUGUCAGUCAAGCUAUAGUACUACUUUAAUGAUAUUAAACAAGUGUAUAUGUUUGUUGUAAUUUAUUCAUAAUUAGAGUACGUAUAUUAUGUUUCGUUGGAUUGAGU